AUGCAAUCUAAUAGUAAUAAUAAUAAUAAAAAUGAUAAUAUAUUUGUCAAUUUACCAUUGUUAUUAAUAGGUAACAUAGUAAAUAGAAUCAAGAAUAUAGAUAAAAUAUGUUUUGCUUUUGUUUGUAAGAGAUUCUUUGAUUGCAGAGAGAAAUACUUGUUGUUUGAUUCGAAUACAAUCUGUAUUAAACAUGAACAUCUCUAUCUCAAUUCUUUUAAAUCAAUCUACGAGAAUUCUUUACAAUCAAAAGAUAAUUGUAUUCUCUAUUUUUGUUUGUUAGAUUAUUUUACCUUUGAUUAUGAUAUGAAUGACUUUGAUAAAGAUGAAUCAAUCAAAUCAAAUGUAUCAACUUUAAUAUUAGGUCAUCAUGGUGAAGCACCUCGAAUCUAUAAGGUGUUACAAGAUUCCAAUGUUACAACGUUCAAAAAUUGUGAGACAUUACAAUAUCCACUACCACCGAAACUAAAGAAACUCAGAUUUGGAGAUGUUUUCAAUGAUAAUUUACAUCGUGGAUCUCUUCCUGAUGGUAUAGAAGUUAUAAAGUCGCUAUGUUUUACUAGAUCAAUUGAACCAGGUGUUCUACCAGUGUCAUUGAAGAAGCUAUCAUUUGGACAAUCCUAUACAGCUCCUUUGGUUCCAGGAUCGUUGCCACCCAAACUUGAAGAAUUAAAAUUCGCUUCUGCACCUAUUUCAACCAAUAUAUUACCACACACUCUUCGAGCAUUGAAGUUUGUACCGAUAUCAUGGACUCCAUUCAUUAAAGAACUUCCAAACUUGGAAGUAUUGCAUUUCGAUGAUUCAGAUAAUGUCGAUGAAGAUGUCAUGCAAGUAGAUCUCAGUGAAAUACCGAAAUCAGUAACCGAUUUGGCGUUUUUCUCUGAUUACACAUUGACAUCAGCACUUCCUUUGACCAUCAAAUCGUUUACAAUUGAUAGUAAGACAUCGUUCUACUUCAACGAGCUAUUACCUCCCACUGUUAAUUAUCAAUUGGAUUCAAUGGUAUUAACGAUGAAUAUAUUUUCUCUGCCAAGUAACGUCAAGGUGAAGAAGAUGACCAUUGUAACAUACUCAUUAAAGUUGGUUGCUGGACAAAUCAAAGAAGCAAAUGGAAUCGAGUCAUUGGACAUCAGUCGUUGUAGGGUUUACGAUUUCAAAGAAGGAUUUCUACCUUCGACUGUUAAGGAAUUGAAAAUCAGUAUCUGUAGCUUUGAAAGAGAAAUAACACUUCCGGAAACACUUGAAACCAUGAUAUUGGUCAACAGUAACCGAUCCAAUGCAAACAAGUUGAUCAUUCCACGAUCGGUCACAACAGUAGUUGUAGAAUCGGAUUUAAGUGACCUAAGUCUUGAUAUGAUACCACCGACAGUCAAUCAAAUUUUCAUCACCAAAAAAUACCACCACAGCGAGCAUUGUGAAAUUCGAAAGUUGGACAAUGAUCACUACCUUGUUUUUGGUAAACCUGGAGAACUCAAUUUCAUUGGCACUCUAUUUCAUCGAUCUUUAUUACCAAAUAUAUCUAAAUUAAUAUCUUAA